GACGAAAUCCGCGGACCGGGCUUUAGGUUCGCCGGAAUCCCACGCUCCCGACUUCUGCUUCCGGGUCGGAGCCAUGGCGGUGGCAAAUUCAAGUCCUGUUAACCCCGUGGUGUUCUUUGAUGUCAGUAUUGGCGGUCAGGAAGUUGGCCGCAUGAAGAUCGAGCUCUUUGCAGACGUUGUGCCUAAGACGGCCGAGAACUUUAGGCAGUUCUGCACCGGAGAAUUCAGGAAAGAUGGGGUUCCAAUAGGAUACAAAGGAAGCACCUUCCACAGGGUCAUAAAGGAUUUCAUGAUUCAGGGUGGAGAUUUUGUUAAUGGAGAUGGUACUGGAGUCGCCAGUAUUUACCGGGGGCCAUUUGCAGAUGAAAAUUUUAAACUUAGACACUCAGCUCCAGGCCUGCUUUCCAUGGCGAACAGUGGUCCGAGUACAAAUGGCUGUCAGUUCUUUAUCACCUGCUCUAAGUGCGAUUGGCUGGAUGGGAAGCAUGUGGUGUUUGGAAAAAUCAUCGAUGGACUUCUAGUGAUGAGAAAGAUUGAGAAUGUUCCCACAGGCCCCAACAAUAAGCCCAAGCUACCUGUGGUGAUCUCGCAGUGUGGGGAGAUGUAGUCCAGACAAAGACUGAAUCAGGAGCUCAUGGAAAGUAAGACAUUCCCAGAGGUGAUCACUAGUAAUAUGAGUGACAUUGCCAAGUAUGAGAAGAGUACAAGGGAGAAAUCCAUCACUUCCAGCCAGGUGAGGGGUAGUGAUGUUUUGUUUUUCUUUUUAUUUUCAAACCUGCAAAAAAGUUAGAAGAUAAUACCUUGAACAGCCAUAUAUCUUCACUUAGAUUCACCAAUGAUUAACAUUCUUGUUUUAUUGCUUUGCCUUGACAUUUGUUUUUUUCUUUCCCUUCUUGCCUCCUCACCCAUUUCCAUUGCCUCUCCUCCUCCCUCCUGCUCCUCUUCCCUCCCUCCAUCCUUUCCUUCCUAUCUUUCUUCCCAUCUUCCUUCCUUUACCCUUUCUUCUUCUCUUUCCCAUUUGAAAGCUGCAGACUUCUUGACACUUUACCCCUAAGUAUUUCAGCAAGGAACUCCUAAAAAUAAGAACAUCCUACGUAACCACAAUAUUAUCUAAUAUAUAGUACAUUUUCAAACCUCCCCAGUUGUCCCAAAAGUAACUUUUGUAGCUUAAAAAAAGGUGAUCCAAUCAAGGUUCCCAUAUUUCAUUUCAUUUGGUUUACACAAGUAACAUAAUACACUCUCAUUGUGAAAACUUUCACACCAAACAGAUAAAGUGAAAGCCCCUCUUGACAAUACCCACCUGCAAUUCCACUCCCCUUUCCAAAGGUCACUUCCUUAUUAGUUUGAUGUAUGUCCAUCAGGGCCUUUGCCUUGCCCAUCUAAUUUUGGGAGGUUUUCUUUUUCCCAAAUGAAAUCAUACUAUAUUUUUCAUGUUCUAAAAAAUAUGUCUUGAAAACUUUUCCUUCUUAGUUCAUGUAAAACCACCUUGUAUUAAAAAAUGAAAACAGCCCGGCAGGAGGUGGCUCACUCCUGUAAUCCCAGCACUUUGGGAGGCCAAAGAGGGCAGAUAGCUUGAGCUCAGGAGUUCGAGACCAGCCUGGGCAACCUGGUGAGACCCCGUCUUUCCAAAAAAAAAAAAAAAUUAGCCAGAUGUGGUGGUGCAUGCCUGUAGUCCCAGCUACUCAGGAGGCUGAGGUGGGAGGAUUACUUGAGCCCAGGAGUUUGAGGCUACAGUGAGCUAUAAUCACACCACUGUACUCCAGCCUGGAUGACAGAGUGAGACCCCAUCUCAAAAAAAAAAAAAAAAGGAAAGAAAAACCAAAACUGCAGUGCAGGCUGAGCAUCCCUAAUCCGAAAUCCCAAAUGCUCCAAAAUAUGAAGCUUUUUGAGCACUAACAUGACAUUAGAAGUGGAAAAUUCCACACCUGACCUCAUGUGAUGGAUCAUAGUCAAAAUUAUCUGUUUCAUGCACAAACGUAUUAAAAAUAUUGUAUAAGAUUACCUUAUACAAUAGCUAUAAGUAGCUAGGACUACAGGUGCAUGCGACCACGCCCAGCUAAUUUUUAUAUUUCUUGGUAGAGAUGGGGUUUCAUCAUGUUGGCCAGGCUGGUCCUGAACUCCUGACCUCAAGUGGUCUGCCCACCUUAGCCUCCUAAAGUGCUAGGAUUACAGGCGUGAGCCACUGCCCCCAACUGAGCAUUAGUUCUUAAUUUUAUAUGUUGUAAUUGUUUUCUUCAGAAUAUAUUUUAAGAAAAAAAUUAGUAUUGUGUUGCUUAAGUUUGGUGAUAUUCUUUGUUAAAGAGAAGUUCUAAAUUUUGAUGAAGUCCAAAUUAUCAGUCUUUCACUGCUUUUCGGUUUUGUCUCAUUUAAGGUCUUUACUACCUCAGAUCACAAUGUUUUCUGUGUUUUUUCUAGUAUUUCUUUUUAUAUGGUGGAGCUAAGAUCAUUUUUCUAGUAUUUUUAAAGUCUUAUUUGUAUAUUUAUAAAAUCAUCUAUAAUUAAUUUUUCUGUAUAGUGUUAAGAUAGGACUUUUUCUUGUCUUUUUUUCCAAAUGGAGAUCCAGUCAAAUACCUGACCAUUUUAAUGACUCUACAACACACCUUUAUCUGUGACCAACUCUGUUCAGAAUACCUGGCACUUACAGGCAUUCAGUAAAAAUUUAUUACAUGAGUUAAGUAGAGAGGGAGAAUGUCAGGCAUUUUAGGCGGGGAACUCGUGUGAGCAAAUGCUGAGGCUGGAAUGCACAAGUGUGUGCUGAGAGCUACAUGUGGACCUCUCGUUCAGCCAGAUGAUCCUUUCUCAGGCCCACUUGACACCCUGAGCUUUCCUUUCUGCCAAUACUGGGUCCCCCUUGGGCCCAGCCUGCUCUCCCUCUUCAAUGGCUGCUGGCCAUUCCCUCCGUCUCCUACUCAUUUCUUUGCUGUAACUAAAGUUGAGUUCAUAGGUCCUUUCUUUCCAAAGACUGACCACUGAUCACUACCAGAGGACAAACGAUAACAAAAAGAAUAAAGUUUAGAAAUUCUUAAUGUUGGGGCCUCUUUUCUGUAUCUUUUUGAGUCUUUUACAUAAAGUUACUGGAAGUCCUUGUUGAGGUUUUAUUUCUGAGGGUGGGGAUCAUCAACCCUCCCCGCUCUCCCCAACUGUUAGCAAAAGUUAUAUGAACUUUUGCCUCCAAGAAAGCCCUUCUUCUCAGCCUGCAACCCAAGCAGAACGCAUUCCUCAGGUGGCCAUUGUACAUUCCACAGGCCCGCUAGACCAGGACUGUCCAUAGGCUGUGAUGAUGGAAAGAUUCUAGAUCUGGGAGGUCCAGUAUGGUUGCUACCAGCCCCAUGUGACAACGGAACACUUAAAAUGUGGCUGGUGCAACUGAGGGACUAAACUGUUAACUUUUUAUUUUUUAUUUAUUUUUUAUUUUUUUGAGAUGGAGUCUCACUCUGUCGCCCAGGCUGGAGUGCAGUGGCGCCGUCUUGGCUCACUGCAACCUCUACCUCCCAGGUUCAAGCAAUUCUCCUGCCUCAGCCUCCUAAGUAGCUGGGAUUACAGGCGCAUGCUGCCAUGCCUGGCUAUUUUUUGUAUUUUUAGUAGAGACGGGGUUUCAUUGUGUUAGCCAUGCUGGUCUUGAACUCCUGAGCUCAGGUAAUCUGCUCAUCUUGGCCUCCCAAAGUGCUGGGAUUAUAGGCGUAAGCCAACAUUCCCAGCCUAUUUUUUUUUUUAAUUGACAGAACUAAGCUGUAGUUUAUUAAAUUUAAAUUAGGCUGGAUGUGGUGGCUCACACCUAUAAUCCCAGCACUUUGGGAGGCCGAGGCGGGUGGAUCGCUUGAGGCCAGGAGUUUGAGACCAGCCUUGCCGACAUGGUAAAACCCAUCUCUACUAAAAAUACAAAAAUUAGCUGGGCGUGAUGACACACACCUGUAGUCCCAGCUACUCCAGAGGCAAAGGCAUGAGAAUCUCUUGAACCCGAGAGGCAGAGGUUUCAGUGAGCCAAGAUUGUGCCAUUGCACUCUAGCCUGGGUGACAGAGCGAGACCCUGUCUCAAAAAUAAAUAAGUAAAUAAAAAAAUAAUAAAUGUAAAGAGCCAGUUGUAGCUAGUGGCUACUGUACUGGACAGUGAACUCUUUUAAAUGUAAGCUUCUCAAUCUACUCGCCCUGGCUUGCUUAGAACUGAAUCUCGUAGCUAAUACUUAAGGGCACUAUAAUUAAAGCAGUUAUCCUUCAAUGAAUUCUUCCUGUGCCCAGAUAAUGAGCUAAGAACUUUACUUGAAUUAUCGCAUUUCAUUUUACCAAAAAUCCCUAUCAUAGGUUUUAAAGUGUUAGGAAAUCUGGGUGGCAGUCUAAUGUAAAGGGGUUCUACAGAUGGGCACCCCAUUUUGGGUUUCUGAAUAAUGUGAUUUAAGAAAAAUUAAUGAAAGAGGAGAUGAAUUUCCCAUGGAGCAGGGGUCUGGAGGGAAGGGAAGUGGUAUUUUUAAGCCCUAUUGGGCAGUAUUUCUUUCUUUUUUUUUUUUUCGAGACAGAGUCUUGCUCUGUUGCCCAGGCUAGAGUGCAGUGGCGCGAUCUCGGCUCACUGCAGACUCUGCCUCCCAGGUUCAAGCAGUUCUCCUGCCUCAGCCUCCCGAGUAGCUGGGAUUACAGGUGCCCACCACUGCACCCGGCUAAUUUUUGUAUUUUUUAGUAGAGACAGGGUUUCACCAUCUUGGCCAGGCUGGUCUCAAACUCCUGACCUCAUGAUCCAUCCGCCUCGGACUCCCAAAGUGCUGGGAUUACAGGCAUGAGCCACCAUGCCUGGCCGGGCAGUAUUUCUUAUACUUUAAUGUGCAUACGGAUCUCCAGGAGAUUUGUUAUAAAAUAGUGGUUCUGACUCAGUGGGUUUGGAUGGGGACUGAGAUUUUGCAUUUCUAAUCAGCUCUCAGGUGAUGCUGAUGCAGACUUUGAGAGGCAAGUCAAUAGGGGAUAAGAGUCUAUCUUUUAAUUGAGAACUUGCCAUAUUCCAAAAAAAAAAAGACCAAGAGGAAGUACUCUCUUGGUGGUACUAGUCCAGCAGGAAUCCAUUGCAUUCACAUCAAGGUAUCACCUAAUCCUGCAUUUGAGGCCUUGUGCCCAGGCACUGGACAUAUGCAGUGAAACAGCUAAGAAGGAGAUAGAAGACGGGUCACUUGAUCAAUUCUACCUCCCUAUGGAGCACUUCUUUCCAGAACCUUUGUGUUUUGCCUUCCUAGGUUCUGACUUUGGUUUUAGUGAAAAUGAAGUUUUGUGUACAAUUUUUUUUUUUUUAAAGACAGAAUCUCACUCUGUCGCCCAGGCUGGAGUGCAGUGGCAUGAUCUCGGCUCACUGCAACCUCCGCCUCCCAGGUUCAAGAGAUUCUCAUGCCUCAGCCUCCCGAAUAGCAGGGAUCACAGGCAUGCUCCACCAUGUCUGGCUAAUUUUUUUGUAUUCUUAGUAGAGACAGGGUUUCACCAAGUUAGCCAGGCUCGUCUCAAACUCCUGACCUCAUGUGAUCUGCCCGCCUUGACUUCCCAAAGUACUGGGAUUACAGGCGUGAGCCACCAUGCCUGGUCUGUACAACUUUAGUUAUAGAAACCUUGGUUUUAUCUCAGUGAGUUCUGGGAGAGUUUUUUUUUUAGACAGGGUCUUACUCUGUCACCCAGGCUGGAGUGCAGUGGCGCAGUCACAGCUCACUGCAGCCUCGACCUCCCUGGCUCAAGUGUUCCUCCCACCUCAGCCUCCUUAGUAGGUGGGAUUAUAGGCAUGCAGAACCACACCCAGCUAACUUUUUAGAGAUGGGGUUUCACCAUGUUGUCCAGGCCGGUCUCAAACUCCUGGCUUCAAGCGAUCUUCCCACCUCAGCCUCCCAAAGUGCUGGAAUUACAGGCGUGAACCACCGUGCCCAGCCCUUGGAAAACUUUUUAUGAUGAAUUUGGUUAUGUAUAGCAUAAAUGAACCUCUACCCUCAGGAUUCUCCUGCUGUAGUCUGAAUGGGUUGUUUGCUACUUACAUGUACAUGGGAGAGGGUGGCACCUCUCUUUUGAAAGCCUGAGUUCUGGCAACUCUGCUAGUCUGAUAUGCUUACCCUCUUCCCUGUGAUCCUCAAACCUGGUACCAGUACCAAGUGGUAGAGAGCUUUCCUUAAUUCAUUGUUGCCUAGAUUCUCCAACAGAUAAUAAUCAUUUUGGGGCACUUGUUAAACCUACGAAUUCCUAGAUCCCUUCCCUGGAGUAUUUGAUUGAGUGGCUUUGGGGUGGGACCAGGAUGUUAUGUUUGUAACAAGUAUCUCACAUGCUUCUUAAUAAAGAAGUGUGGGAAACACUACUUUAGUUAGUGCUGGGAUGACUGUCUUUUAUUUUAAUAUUUGGAUCUUAGGAAAAAAUACAGAAUUAGCACAAUACAUCAUUUUACAGUUAUUACAGCUUAUAGUGAGGCAAUAUUGAAGUUCAAAUAGUGAUUAGCUUAAAAAAUAAAUUGUACCUGUGGAUGAUAGAUACUGUAACAGUUGUGAAGGUGCUAUUUGAAUGACUAAGGUUUAGGAAACACUGUGUUUCAUUCUAGAAUUACCUAUAGAUGCGAGACAUUCCCGUAGGGGAAGAUUAGGAAAGAUGUGUUGGUGGCAGUUGGGCUGGUCCUCUAUUCAUUCCACAACUAAGCGCUGAUGAAUUAAGAUAGUUCCCAUGCUGCAUAUGAGGCUACAGAUUUGAAAAGUCAGUUCCAUCCUUCAAGGAACUCAGUCUCUUGGGAGAACUGACAAUUACAGUACAAUAAAGCCCUGUAUUGGAGGUUUUAGAACAAGGUGAGGAAAGCAUAAAUGCCCGGAUCUUCCCGGAGUGGUUGAGUAGACUACAGAAGAGAUGAUGCUUCAGUUUAGUACAAGAAAGAAUAUAACUUGUCAGGUGGCUAAAACUGGGCAGGGCAUUCCAGGCAGAAGGAACAGCCUAUGCAAAGUCACAAAGGCAGGAAACAGCAGGAAGUGUAGAGGAAGCUGCAAAUAAUUCAAUAUGACUGAAGCAGGAAGAUAUGAAAAGCAAACGGUGAGAAGGUUGGAGAGAGGCCAGGGCCAGUAGUGAAAGCCAGUGCCAAGCUUAGCAGUUCAUAUGUUAUUCUGAGGGCAGGGGCUGACUUUCAGGCAUGAAGUAAUUUUUCCCUUUUGGGGAAGGAGUCCACUGUGCUCCUGAGAUUCUCAAAAGGGGCACUGACCCUCCAAAAAAGAAUCAGGCCAAUAUGAACCACUUAAGGAUUUUUAGCAGAAUAUUGUAGAUGAAUUUUCAUGUUCAGAAGAUGAUUCUGGCAGCAUUGUGGAGGAUGGGCUGGAGGCCAGUGAGGAGUCCACUGCAGUAGUAGUCCAGGCAAGAGAAAAGAGGUUUUACAUGAAAAUAUGGGUCUGGGGAACACUGGAGAUUUGGCAGCAAAUAUUUAUGUGCCUGCUGGGCAUGUGACACUGUUUGUUCCCUGUCCUGAAACUCAGAAGCUCUGCCAGCUGAAAAGGCCAGGGGUGGAGAGAAUGUCUGGCUCCAGUCCAUUCCAGUCCAGUACAAAGGCAAAGCUGCUUGCAUUGCAGCCAAGUCUUACACACGUAGAGGUUCCAUUCUCUUCAGUGGAAUACUAUACAGCCUUAACAAAAUAAAGAGGUAGAUCUGGAUGUGUUGGCAAGAUUUCUAAGGUAAGUUAAGUGACAGUCAAGAUGUAGUAAUUUAUGUAAGCAUGUUACUGUUUAUUUUGAAUGACUUUCAGGAAUCUGCAGUGAUAUAUAGCAGACUGUUGAUAAUACUUCUGCAGAGUAGAGAUAGCAAAGAGACUUUUCAGUUGCCUUAUUUAAGCUUGAAUUUUCUACCUUGAACAUGUAUCUUGUAAUAGAAAUACAUACUGUUUAUAUGUAGUGUUAACUAAUCCUAAAUCCUCCCAGCACCUCCCAGGAGCCUGCCCACAGCUGUGGCUAACAUCAGUUGUGAAUCCAUUGCUGAUCCCUCCACCUCCUCUUCCAGGUCUAAGCCCAGACAGUGGGUGCUCCCACAGCACUUGGUUCAUCUCUCCACUGUGGCAUUUAAUAUACUGUAUCACAAAUAGUCUGUUUUUCUCUGGACUGAGAACUUGUUGAAGCAAGGAUCAUGCUGACUAACAUAGUGCCUGGUACGACAGAGCUUAGGUCCUGGCACACCACGCAGCUUACAAAGUACAUUUAUACAUUUUCAUACACUUUGCUUGAGGGCCCACAGUUAAACUUCAGUCUGUGCCUGCAGUACGAUGCCAGUACCCAUUGUCCACUGGAGCAAGGUGUGGCAUGUUUGAGGAAUGGCAGGAGGAGGGGGACAAUAGUAUCUGGGUGUACUUACUCUG